AUGCUGAAUCUUCACUCCAGGCUACCUCUGCUCACCAGGCAAACUACUCCUAUAAAUAAACUACCCCACAUACACCCACCCCAUUAUCGCUAUCAGCCAUAUCGAUACCACUAUCAGCCAACGACAACACCACCGACACCUUCCUACUCCAACGACCAAAGAAACAUAACCACGAUGACUCCUCAAACGAGAAAGACCCGCAUCCUCCUCCUCUCCGACACCCAUACCAGCCCCCCGACCCCCUCACAGUCAACCACAUCCUCCGCCUACCGCUCCCCGCUUCCGAAAGCCGACGUCCUCCUCCACGCCGGCGACAUCACCAAAGUCGGCUACAAACGUGAACACGAAGAAAUGCUGGCGAUGCUCAAAGACGCAGACGCGGAGCUAAAAAUUGUUAUCGCAGGGAAUCACGAUAUCACGCUUGACGAGGAAUACUACAAUAAAGUCGGGUAUUUGAGACACAAGCGGAAGUUGGGGUAUACAGCGGCGCUGGACAGUAAAGAGGGAGGGGAUGGACAACUUGAGAACUGCGCCGAGAUCAAAGCCCUCUACACAAAUCCCCACGCAGUCGCCGCCGGAAUCAGAUAUUUAGAAGAAGGCCUGUACACAUUCACAUUGUCCAACGGCGCGCGCUUCACGGUCUAUGCGUCACCCUACACCCCCGAAUUUUGCCAAUGGGCGUUUCCCUACGAGCGCCAUAUCGACCGGUACAAUCCCCAGUCAUCUGUGUCUGUUGGACAAUUUGGUGUCCAAGCGCCGAAUCCUGUGCCCAGUUAUCCGGGGGUGGAUAUCAUGCUUACGCACGGCCCGCCAUAUGGGAUUUACGAUGAGGUGGUUCCGAGUGGGAGUUAUGUUGGUUGUGAGCACUUGUUGAAGGCGACAACGCGCGCGAAGCCUAGGUUGCAUGUGUUUGGGCAUAUUCAUGAAGCGUAUGGGGGUGGGAGGAUGGAUUGGGAAACGAAGAAGAUGGAGGGGAUUCGGGGCGAUCCAGAGGAUAUGCUGGAGCAGAGGUGCUUAUAUGUUGAUGCUAGCGAGGGUGGGGGGAAGGGAUUGAGGUUUGGGGAGGAGACGUUGUUUGUAAAUGCAAGUGUGGUAACGAUUAGGUAUCAUGCGGUUAAUGCGCCUUGGUUAGUGGAUUUGGAUUUGCCGGUUGAGGGGCAAUAA